AUGGUCAAGUCACGGCCACCCCCAGUUGAACCUGUGGAUUACGAAACCUAUGUGGUAAAACACAAGGUAUUACUUCACAAUGACCCACAACGAGAACUGCUCAUUUUCCCCCAUGAUGAUGUGGUCAUUCCUCCCCCAGCUCCUAAAAGAAAGAUGCGCACCAUCUGUCCAUCAGUUCCAAAGAAUGCUCCAAAGGAAGCAACCACAUUGCUUGUUCGAGAAUGUCUUAAGACCUACAGCAGUGAUUGUCACAUGAUAUAUUUCAAAUACAGUGGAUACUCGGGAAGUUAUCAGCAGUUGCCAAACAAAAAGAAAGUGGAAGCUUUACCUGAACAAGUGUUUGAAAUUGAUGUUGAUACUGAUGAUAAAGAUGAGCAGGAUCUGACUCUGACACGAAGUACAGUUACUAAAGAAGGUUGGUUAUACAAGGGCCCUGAGGGUCAGAAAGAUAACAAUAUCAUCAGUUUCACAAGGCAAUUCAAGCGUAGAUAUUUUUGUUUGAAGCAACAGACAGAUUAUACAUAUAUCCUUGAGUUUUACAAGGCUGAGAAAAAGAAUGAAACAAAGGGAGCCAUUUAUUUGGAAGCAGCAUCGGAUGUUGUCAAACAUUCAAAAAAAGGCAAACAUUGGUUUGAGUUGCAAAUGCAAGAUCGGCGUUCAUACUUAUUAGCUGCCGAAAAUGAAACUGAACUUGAAGAAUGGAUGUCCGCUUUCAGAGCUGUGAUAAACGCCAAUGAAACCAGCUCCCAAGCAUCAGUGGAAAGGUCAAGCAUUGAUGGUGAGUCAUUUUGUAAACACUGA